AGCCCGACGUGAGAAACCACUGGCUUCCAGGCACCUCACCGCAGGGUGGCACAGCUCAGCCCGGAGUGUUAUACGCCAAGGCUGGGUUGGCAAGGGAACGUGUGCGAGGGGACCAGCAACUGGUCAACUCCGGUAGUCAGGGCGCAGUGGGGACGCAUGAAAGAUUCCGGGCUUUAUUCGCCAGAAUCUGGACUGGGAAGCCGCUGACGUUCUGCCCUCCGGGGUUGGCCUUCAGUGUCUCGCCGCCGCCCGCGACAUUAGUCACACGAUUCCACGCCGAGUGUCAUACACCGGAGCGGGAUCGCGGGGAAUCCGCGUGGCUGGAGGCAAGAUAGGCUGGGGUUAGCUUUUGAGACAACCGGCCAUGGCACAUCGUGGAUGCAGUGUGACCCAGC